UCGCCCGCCUCCCGCCCCGCCCGCCGCCGCCGCCGCCGCCCUAGUCACCUCGCUCUGCGGCCACCCUGCACCAGGAGUAGCCCCAGGCGGCGGCGCGACGGUCCCCGCCAUGUCUGCAGCCAUGAGGCAGAGGUUCGACCGGUUCCUUCACCAGAAGAACUGCAUGACUGACCUCUUGGCCAAGCUCGAGGCCAAGACCGGCGUGAACCGGCGCUACAUCGUCCUCGGUGUCAUCGGGCUGGUGGCUUUGUACCUGGUGUUCGGUUAUGGAGCCUCUCUCCUCUGCAACCUGAUAGGAUUUGGUUACCCAGCCUACGUCUCAAUUAAAGCGAUAGAGAGUCCAAACAAAGAAGAUGAUACCCAGUGGCUGACCUACUGGGUAGUGUAUGGUGUGUUCAGCAUUGCCGAAUUCUUCUCUGACCUCUUCCUGUCAUGGUUCCCCUUCUACUACAUGCUGAAGUGCGGCUUCCUGUUGUGGUGCAUGGCUCCCAGCCCGGCCAACGGAGCGGACCUGCUCUACACGCGCAUCAUCCGUCCUUUCUUCCUGAAGCACGAGUCGCAGGUGGACAACGUGGUGAAUGACUUGAAGGACAAAGCCAAAGAGACUGCAGAUGCCAUCUCUAAAGAAGCCAAGAAAGCUGCUGUGAAUUUACUGGGUGAGGAAAAGAAGAGCACCUAAAUCACUGACUGGAUGAAACCUUUCUGCCCUCUCUGUACCUUCCUUUUAGAGCUUGAUGUUAUAUUAGGAACUGUGGUAUAAUCAUUUUAAUAAUGUUGCCUUGGAAACAUUUUUGAUAUAUUAAAAAAAGGAAUGUGUAAGUUUUUUUGCUUACUUUUACUGUCUGUAUACACAGGGAGCAUUUAAAUUUAAUGUAAUGGGCAGUGUCCAAGUUUUUGGAAAGUACAUUUUGCCUCUGGGUAGGAAAAGACAUAACGUCACCAUCCUGCAGGAAAUAUAAACUUAAAAUUAUAUAUCCUACAGGCUUUGUACUUCAGUGGGCUCUCUCUGCAUGCAUUUUCUCUGUACUUUUAGGAUACUCUAUAACGGUCUACUUCAUGUAAAGUACAAUUUUGUAUUCAAUGUUUUUGAUGUAUUUGUGCAUACACACGCAUAGGGAAGUGUUACUGUCUGGGCAUAAUGCUCAUGGGGAGCUCCUGCCGAAGGCUGAAGGUUCCACUGUGCUGGUGUGAUCUGAAUAAUACUUCAGAAAAGCAAUACACACGAGUAAUGUUUCAUAUGAACAGUUAAGUGAUAAAUGAGGCUGAACUGGAGGUUGGCCUGGUGGUUUUCCUAACAUUGUAGCAGCUGAAUACAAAAACAGCUUUGUACAGCAGUCAGUUGAGUGAUAAAUGGGGAAAUGUACACACACACACAUCACAGCUCCCAGUUCUGUAGAACUACUAAUAUUGUCUUGUAGCUCUUUAAAAAUUGGCUGAUGAGCUUUCAAUCUGUCUGUUUUUAACAUGCUAUAGUGGAAACCAUCCCUGGUUUCACCUUCAUAGCUGAAUAAUAUGUUGGUUUAGUCUUGUUUCUUUUCCAGUCUUUUUAAAAGCAGUUAAGGAACCUCCGGAGGCUUGCCCACUUCUGAUUACAUGUACAUUCUUGUUUUUAUCAUUAGCAACUACAUGCUAAUGAUGACACCAGGCUCUAAGAGCAAUUCUCGGAGAAGAAAGGAAGUGUGAUAUAACCCAUAAUCCAGUUGGCAGUGGUUAAGACAAACGGCCUUCACCUUCUUUCCCUGGCCUUUAUGGUCAAACACCAGACGCUUCCCUAGUUUACAAAUCAGAAUCAUUUGUAGUCCAUUUACACGCCUUCACCUUUAUGCGUUAUUUUGAUAAACUGCAUACAACCUCAUAGUUUAAGUACAGAACACAAAGUUAAAAUUAAUGUCACUAGCUUGAUUAGCCACAUAGCUUAUAGGGACCUUGACAACUUGUCUGUACUACAGAAUCUGAGCUUUGCACCAACCAUACUGCUAGGAUGCUUCUGAAUUAGACUAAACUGACCAAAACAAGAGCCUAACAAAACUCAAAUUAAAUAUCCAGGCCUGUAAAAUAUUUCUUAAAGCAAAUAAAGGUGAUUACGUCCCUUUUAGAUAACAAUUAGGUAAAAUCAUAAUGAUGUCUCAUGAAAUCAUUUCUCAUGAAAUAUCAAAGAUAUCAAAAAUAGGGCAUAAUAUCACCCUAAUAUUAUAAUAAUAUGGAUAAUAUCACACCCAAUAUUAUAAUAAUAUUUUUGGGGGGGGGAAUGUGAUGAUUAGGCAUCUUAUUAACCAUACCUUAAAAAAUAAAAACCUUUUAGAAAGCAAACAGAAUUAGUUGUUAUUGGAAGAAAAUCAAGCCUUAGGUUAAAGAUUUAAAAAAGUACCUCUAGGAGUAUUUAAAUCCCUUUCCCUGUAAAUAAACUAUGCUUUUCUUGGUGGCAGAAGAAUGAAAAUUAGCAACUUCUAGCUAAUCAGAAUAUAUAAUCAGAUUGUUAGUAUACAAAAUAUGUAACUUUUAGUAUACAAAGUAUCAGGCAGGGUGGAGCAUACAAGUUACUAUUGCUCAUAUCUACUUACAGGCUAAUACCAGUUUUAAAACUACUAAGAAAAUUCUGAAUGCAAUUUUUUUUUUUUAAUCCCUAUAGCUUUAUCCUACAGUGCAUUCUGUAAGAAAUUUUAGUUACUCUUUUUGGCAGUCAACGUGUACAUAUUAAUGACAGGAGAACUUAUGAGUUGAGCAAUUCUGUCUCAGUUUAGUUUUCCCAAAUAAGAUACUGCCAUGGCUAGAGUAUUUGAAAAACUAAUCGAGCCUGUGUCUAGCUAUAAGACAAGCAUUUGUUUAUACAUGAACACUAUUUCGGGGAUAUGUAAAGGCAAAGAAUUCCUACGACAAUUCUUCUCCUACUUAAGAGCUUCUGAUUGACAAUUACUGCUACUCUGGGGAGUCUUGUACCUGCAGCCUGAAGAACAUGAGCAUAGCCUUUAAAUAAGUUACCACCUAUCCUGAAGAUGUGAUAUAGUAAAUGAAAAUGGAUGUAAAUAAAAUUCCGUUAUCUCAUUGA